CUCCCCGCUCCGCAACGGCCCGGGGACGGGGACAGGGAUGCGGACGGGGUGCAAUUGCACGAGCAUCUCCCCCCCCCACCAAUGCGCUGCCUGCCCGGGGCCGCGUGGUCCCCGCAUGGGAGCCCACGGCGCGGUGAAGCCCCACGCGCCGCAUCCCCGGCAUCGCCCAAGGCAGGACGCCCUGCCGCCAGCUCCCUGCCGAGCCCUCCUACGGCCCCCCGGGACCCAGCCCCCCCCGCACCCGCCGGGCCCCCCCAACACGUGCCACCCGCGCGGUGUGGGGAGCCGGGGCUGCCGCGGGCCGCCGGUGACCCGGAAAGGGCCGCGCUGCGGAGGGCGCUCGCGACGGGCCCCGUGCCCGGCGCUGCCCGGCAGCCUCCCCCGGCGCAGAUUGUUCGUGCCGGCGCUCCCACGGUGCCGGGCCGUGGGAACCAGCCGUGCGGCCGGACCCCCCCGCCCCGGCAGGGUUUAUAUCGCCGGCGGCCGGCGCAGCGCGGCACAGCACAGCACGGCACGGCACGGCACUGCUCGGCUCGGCUCGGCUCGGCUCGGCUCGGCUCGGCUCCCAGCAGCACCAUGCCCGGCGGGCGCGCGAUCCUCCUGCUGCUCCUGGCCCUGCCGCCCCCCGCGACGGCCCAGCCGCAGGGCGCUGGGGGCCGGGGCGCUGCCCCCGCAGCCACCCCCCCGCCGCCGCUGCCACGCCGGGCCCCCCACGGGCGCUGGCCCCCCGCCGCCACCGCGGUGCCGGGCAAGGCGGGCGAGUGCCCGGCGGGGAGCAGGGGGCUGCCGCGGCCCCCCCGGCUCUACUGCCUCUCCGACCACAGCUGCCCCGGCGCCGAGAAGUGCUGCGACACCGGGCAGAGCAGGAGCUGCCUCCUCCCCGCCGCAGCGAGCCCGGGCUACUGCCCCGCCGCGGGCAGCGCCGGCGCGGACGCCUGCGGGACGAGCUGCCGCAACGACACCGCCUGCGGCCCCGGGCAGAAGUGCUGCGGCCUCGGCUGCUGCCCCCGCUGCGUGCCAGCGCAGCCAGCCAAGCCCGGCGUCUGCCCGAGGCGGCGAGCCCCGCGGAGCGGCACCGCCUGCGCCAACCGCUGCGACGACGACCGCGGCUGCCCCGGCGCCCACAAGUGCUGCUUCUCCGGCUGCGGCCUGGCGUGCACCCCCCCGUCCGCAGCGAAGCCCGGCGCCUGCCCCGCGGUGCUGCGCGGCUCCCUGGGACCCUGCGCCGAGCUGUGCCACACCGACGGCGACUGCCCCGGCGCCGCCAAGUGCUGCCCCACCGGCUGCGGCCGCACCUGCAAGCCGCCCACCGAGGCGCGGCCCGGGCUCUGCCCCGGUGUCACCGCCGCCUCCGCCACCGCCCCGGCCGGGGGGUGCCCGGCGCUGUGCUGGGAGGACCGGGACUGCCCCCCCGGGCAGAAGUGCUGCCUGCUGGAGUGCGGUCGCGCCUGCGUCGCCCCGCGCCGCGGCUCAGCCUAGCCCUGCCCGGGGAGGGCUGCACCGGGAGCCGACCUGGCCCGGCCUCGCGCGCCCGCAGCGGCCCCCAGCCGAGCCCCCCCGGCCGUGCGCAGCCCCCGCCGGCACCGUGCUCCCGGCAGCCUGGGGGCUGGGGGGGACCGUCCCGCCCGUGCACCGCCCCGGGGGCCCCGCUCUGCUUAGAAGCACCAAAAUAAAUAAAGCAGCAUGUGGCAACGUC